CGGAGCUGAAACUUCCACGCCGGCCCUACUCGAUCUUACCCCCUGCGCCUGACUGCCCAAUCAGAGACGCCGGCGCGCCAAGGCGCAGCCAAUAGAGACGGAGCGGCCUUGCUUCCUUCAUGGCCUCCGCCAGGAGCUGCCUGGACCUUUGGCGGGAGGAGAACGACGAGCUGGCGAGGCGCUGGCGGACGGUGGCAAGUUUCCCGGGUCCCGAUUGCUCAGUGACACAGACAGCUCAAGAAUGCCAGCUCGCCUUCACUCAGCUGCUGCAGAAAAUCCAAGGCCUUCCAGCUGCGCUCCCAGCUCUGCCUUUGGAGCUGACCAUCCUCUACAAUUCCCUGGUGUUUGAUAUUCAUCUCUCCAGCGACUCCGGCGAGAAACUCUUGGCAGUAAUAGACCAUGGGCUCAGCAGGGUUCUGGAGGCUUGUGCGGUGUCUGGCCAAGGACUCGGCUCAGGGGACCGCUGGCAGCGGGUGCUGCAGGAGGGCACCCCUGAAGAGCUGCAGGCCCCACUGCAUCGACUGGCUGCCCUGCAAGGGGCACUCUGGCUGGCAGCAAACCGCCUAGGAACAGUGGAAGGCCUCUUUCGGCUUCUGAAUGGCACUAAGAGCUUGGAGCCUUCUCCUUACCACGGCUGUAAGAAUGAGCUCCUUCCACUGCUCCAGACGUGGCAUCCACCUGACAUGGGAGAAGCUGACCCCCUUCUUGUGCAGAGUGUCAAAGACUUAAAAGACAUUCUGGGGACUUCAGCUGCCUUCUUGCAAGGUGUCCAGGAACUGGAAGCUGGGGAUCUCCCUGCUGCUGUUGCCCUUCUCCAAGCAGCUGCUACAGGAAUGUGUUCUAGGCGAGUCCUUGCCCAGAUCUUCACCCUGAUGGGAUCCUGCCACCUGAAAAUGGGCAAGCCACAAAUGGCGAUUCAGCACCUGAGACGAGCCCUGCAGGUGGAUUUCACGUUCCUCCCUGCCCUGCACCAAGCAGCUUUGUUGUAUCACCAACUGGGGCUCACAGAGGCUGAGCUGGAGGUCCUAGUGCUGUUGGAUCAGGCUCUGGACGGCCCUGCACAGGUGACAACCGAGUCUAUCAAUCCGCGUUUCCUGAUCCAAACAGAGCUCCUCACCUGUGCAUCACAACUGACUGGUUUCUUUGUCAAGAACUGUCCAUCAGAAGUGAAAUAUCUGCUGGCCCAGAGGAGCUUCCAGGCAGGGAGGAUAAGUGAGGCAGUGGACCACUACCUAGACCUCUUGGCUCUGUUGCAGGAAGAGCCUCUUCACCAGGUGUAUCUGUGUGGCAAGCUGGCCUUGCCCAGGAUCCCUGAGGUCUUCCUAGAAGCUGCCUCUGCCCUGGAGGACCUUGCCAGGCAUGAAGAUGCCAUUUCAGUGUGUGAGGAGGUGGUCACCCGGACAAAUGAGCUGAUUCCCGAGAAGCUACGGAUUGAACUGGACUUAAAGGCCAAAGAAGACAUGCAAGGGACUGCAAGAUGCUCGUUGACAAAGUCUCGUAGCAACCUCACAAAGCAGAAGCGGGAGAGCCUGUUGUGUGUCCUUUGGCAAGCAGCUGCCUAUUUGAUCCAGGGCUGGGCAUGGGCUGGGCUUGGAGAAGCCAAGGAAGCCAUAAGUCACUUGAGCAGGUGUCUUAAUGAUCUCCUGAAAGUUCAUUUUGUGACCACAGGCAGCAACAGCAUUGAAAAGGAGACGGAACAAAUGGGGCUGUCAGAGGCAAAGGUGCUUUCCCAGAUCCGGCACCUGGCCCUGACUGGACGAGGGACCCAGUUCCUGGAGAUGGGGCGGGAUAAAGAGGCCUUGAUGGAUUUCCAGCACAGCUUGCACGUCUGUCCAGGCAGCCCCACUGCUAACUUGUAUUUGAUGCACACACUCUGGAAACUGGACCGAAGGCAGGAAGCAGCUGGGCACUGGCAGAAGUUCCACUUGAACCCAGUGUUGUUGGAGGAAGAGGCAGAAAGAUCUUUCCCAUUAUAUCUGCUGUCGUGUGUGAAACAGAUGAAGUUUCCUCACAUGGAAUCCCUCACCAGGAAUGUGGAAAGCUGCUUCUCUCCCCUUUGCUGGCUUUCUUUUCAGGCAGCUGCCUUAGUGGGCUUUCCUGGACUCCCAUUUUGCCUUUGGAAUGGGGAAUGUUUCAGUUGUGGUCACCGAUGGGUAAUGAAAGUUCUACUGGUCCUGGAAAAAGGUUGUGUUUUGCAUAGGCCCCACAUAUUUUUGCUCCUAUAUAAUAAAAUUAUUUUUGAUUUUUUUCUUAGUUGGAUAUUUGUGACAGGAGGGGCAGGCAAAGGGCUGGCUUCUUCUCACUACCUCGUUCCAUCUUGCAGAAACCUCGACUCUGGUUGAGGCAGUUCCAACAUGAAACUCCACUGUGUCAUGAAAGUGUUAAGUUUCCAUUUUCUUUGCUGGGGAAAGGAUUUGUGGAAAAACUCUUCGAACAAGAAACGAGCCAAACCCUUCCAGCAAGAAAAGCAAGCCUAGUUGCUGUUUCCCAACAUCCAGCUCUCUCUCCUCUAGCUGCCUCUGCCUGCCUUUUCCUUUAUGCUUAUCCGUGUGCCCAAGGCUCCACCAGCCACACUGCUUGGCAUUUACAAAGGAGGGAGGGAGAAUGAAUGCAAACACAACACAAAAUCACAUGCAUGGGUUUCUGGAAUCUCCAUUUUGACCUGUGGGAGCAAUAAUAGACUUUUCCACUCAUCAGAUUCUGGGUAACUUUCAGAGCUGUAUCAGGAGCUGCCAUGAAAGAUGCUGGAUGGUACAAAGAUUUGUUUUCCCCCCUCGGUUGGUUGGCUACUCUGAGAACAAGAUGAGCCGUUAGCCUGAUCCAGCAGGCUCUUCCUGUGAUGAUUAUGAGAUGCACUGUUUAUACAAAGGGUAUCUGUUUUGGAAUCACCUUAUUAAAUACAAACAGAGGUUCCUCAUUGGUGAAGCAGGUACACUCUGAGAAUACUCUUGCCUUUUAUUUCUGAGGCAUAUAGUUCCUAACCAUCGCGUCUCCUCUCCCUGCUCAAGUCUGUGCGAGCCUGCUGUGGUUUAUGAGGAGUCGGUGGUGCUUAGGCUUGCAUCACAUUUUGGUCUACACAUAUUUUCCUUCAGUAAGCCAACUGGCAAGAACCUCCUUGUCUUUAUACCUUUAAAAAACAAGCACACUGGAGGAUCUGGACUGAGACGUAACUUAAAAAUCCUCCUCUUUGUUACUGGCUCAUUGUGUGCUGUUCGGUAUGUUAUUCUGGUAUGUUUCAAUCAAAGGGGUAGCCAACUAGCUGUAGCUUACAGCAGAAAUGAAGCAAUUGCCAAGUAGCACUUUAGAGGCUGUAGAUAGGAACAGAAAUGAAAUAAGGAAAGCUACAACACAAUGUCCAAAAGUAGUAAGUUUCUUAAAAGGCUACAUGAGGUUUCAUGAAAUACAUAGAGAAAAAAAUAAUGAAACUGAAGUAUUUGUAAAAACUGCCAGAUUCUCAUCAUAAAUGCUUGACAUCCACUAAAUU